AUGUCCAACCGCCCCGCGGCACCUGCGGCUAAGUCCCAUGUUAUGCUGGAGUCCGAUAGAAAUGGAACCUCAAGAACCCCGAAGGAACCUCGAGAACCCCAAAAGAACCUUCAGAAAUCCCGCUCGAGAGAGGAUAAACCUAGAUUAUAUCCCUUCCGCAAGGCACACACUCUAAGAAAGCACACGCAAAUAAUAUGCACUAGAGUACCCCAAAAGGAACCUGAGAAGAACCCGAAGGAACUCAAGACCCCAAAGGAACCUCAAGGAACGCUCGAAGGAACCUCAAGAACCCCGAAGGAACCAAUCUCGAAGGAACCUCAAAGAGACCCCAAAAGGAACCUCAGACCCGAAAGGAACCUCAAGAACCCCAAAGGGUAUACCCUCAAAGAUCCACAAGGUAGAGCCAAUCUAAAUCCGUCGAAGGAACCUCGAAGAGAGCAGGGCUACGAAGGAACCUCAAGAACCCAAAAGGAACUCAAGAACGCCCGAAGUAACCUUAUCAGAACCAAAGGAACCUCAAGAACCCUCAAGGAUGUGAAGCGCUCAAGAACCUGGAAGGAACCUCAAGAACCCGAAGGACCUCAAGAACCCAAAAGGAAACCUCAAGAAGAACUCAAGAACCCCAAAGGACCUCAAGAAAAUCGAAGGAGAAGAACCUCAAGAACCUCAAGAACCCCGAAGGAACCUCGAAGGAACCUCAAGAACCCCGAAGGAAGGCUCAAGAACCCCGAAGGAACCUCAAGAACCUCGAAGGAACCUCAAGAACCUCGAAGGAACCUCAAAGAACUCGAUAGGACCUCAAGAAACUCGAAAAGGAACCUCAAGAACCCCGAAGGAACCUCAAGAACCCCAAGGAACCUCAAGAACCCGAACCUCGAAGGAACCUCAAAGAAGAACCUCAAGAACCCCGAAGGAACCUCAAGAACCUCGAAGGAACCUCAAGAACCUCGAAGGAACCUCAAGAACCUUCGAAAGGAAAACCUCAAGAAACCUCGAAGAAGCCUCAGAGAAACCUCGAAGGGAACCGUCAAGAACCUCGAAGGAACUCAAGAACUCUCGGAAGGAAACCUCAAAAGAACGCUCGAAGGAACCUCAAGAACCUCGAGGAACCUCAAGCAAACUAUCGAAGGAAUCUUUCCAAAGCGCAGGACCUACAUGAAACCUCCGAAGGACGGCUCAAGAACCCAGUCGAAGGAAACUGCGUCAAUGAACAACUCGAAGGAACAAAAAGGUAACUCAACGAUCUCUCGUCCUAAGGCCAAUCCUUCAAGAACCCACCGAAGAGAACCUUCAAGUAACCGCGGAGAAGCUGAACCCCCAAAGGAACCUCAAGAACCCCGAAGGAACCUCAAGAACCUCGAAGAACUCAAGAACUCCCAAAAGGUACCUCAAGAACAAUCCAAAAAGCAUACCAAUCCAUCAGAACCCCAAAAGCGAUACCUGAGAAAACCUCAAGAACUCAAAACAGCUUCCGGAGGAUAA